CAAAGGACUACUUCGAUUUUCGUAUUCGGGUAUUUUAUGAACAUUGGCGGUUGAAGCCAUUUUUUCCUAAGUUUAGUGGUUUGAUUAGUGAAGUGAGUGCGGAAUUAAAUUAUCAGACAUGUCGGAACGAGAGGAUAACGUCUACAAAGCCAAACUAGCUGAACAAGCCGAAAGAUACGAUGAAAUGGUAGAAGCUAUGAAAAAAGUCGCAUCUUUGGAUGUCGAACUUACUGUAGAAGAAAGGAAUUUGUUGUCCGUGGCAUACAAGAAUGUGAUCGGAGCGAGGAGAGCCAGCUGGCGCAUAAUAUCCUCUAUUGAACAAAAAGAAGAAAACAAAGGUGCCGAAGAGAAACUGGAAAUGAUCAGGCAGUAUAGAGCUCAGGUUGAAAAAGAACUAAGGGACAUCUGUUCAGACAUAUUAGGAGUAUUAGAUAAGCAUCUUAUUCCAUGCGCCUCCUCCGGUGAAUCUAAGGUUUUUUAUUAUAAAAUGAAAGGAGACUACCACCGGUAUUUGGCAGAGUUUGCCACAGGUAAUGAUAGGAAAGAAGCUGCUGAAAAUUCCUUAGUCGCUUACAAAGCUGCCAGUGACAUUGCAAUGGUAGAGUUACCUCCAACACAUCCUAUCAGGCUUGGAUUGGCACUAAAUUUCUCAGUUUUCUACUAUGAAAUUCUGAAUUCACCUGACCGAGCGUGCAGGUUAGCGAAGGCUGCGUUUGAUGACGCCAUUGCAGAACUAGACACGUUAGCAGAAGAUAGUUACAAAGACUCAACUCUUAUCAUGCAACUACUCCGCGACAACCUAACGCUGUGGACAUCGGACAUGCAAGGCGAUGGUGAAACAGAGCAAAAGGAACAGGUGCAAGACGUGGAAGAUCUUGAUGCCUCAUAACUCAUGACUCAACUGUACUUCUGUAAAUGUGCCCGUACAAAUCUUAAGAUGGACUUAAAUUAUUUUGAUCUUUCAGUUUUUGAAAAUUUGAUUUCGUUUCUCCUCUUCUCGCCUUUUCUUUCUAAACUGUCAAAACCAAUCAGUUUUGCGCCCUCAUUUUUCUCUCUUUCUCAAUCAGCAGUAUAACUGUACAAGAAAACAGCUAACGUUUCCUCUCAGAAGAGCGAAGUUAAUAAUGGUACUCUUAAUCGAAAAUUGCAGCAAGACUGGAUUUUUUUAUGAUUUUUAUUUAUUCUUUUGUUUAUUUUUGUUUUGUGCAUGUGCUGAGUAUGUUCGUAUACCCACCGACGCUGCAUGCCUAACGUCAUGUAGUGGGUGAACAUGAAAGAAAAAGAGUAUACGAUACAUAUACACCUGCACCGUCACACAACCGUACCUUUACAUGACGUAGCUCCCAGGUUGAAGAAAAACUCUCACAUUUCUACGUUCUAGUGUGCAAAACAGAGUUUUCUCUGUUCACUCUGGCAAAUCUGGUACGUAAUGUUUAAUUUAUGUGUAUGUGUAAAUAUGUAUUCACAUCAUUAUUUAUUUUUUACUACUUUCUUUAUUUUUUAAGGAAAAAAGAUUACAGUUUGUAACAUGUGAUCGUUUGUUUAUUUAUCAGUUUUAUUUUAAGACAUCUACUCUACUUUCCAUGCCCCACAUCGCUUCUCUGUUCCAAUUCGAAGUAAAGUUUUAACUAUGAUCGAAACAUACUUUUUUGUACGUAAAGAAACCAGCAAUCAUCAUUUACCCAGUGCAUUUGCAUGUUUAUAUUUAAUUUAUUCAUAAUUAUUAAUUCAUGUCUACAUUCUAGUAUUAUGUGUUGUGAUUUUUCUCUUUUUUUUUCUUUUUUUCUCAGAGUGAUUGUCAAUACUGUAAUGAGAAAAUUUUAAUCGCCAUAAUUUUAAAAGCAUUAUAAGUAGUUGCUGCAGCGCAAUAAGUUUUUACCCUCGCUAAUUGGUACUCAUCCUCAUUAAUGCAAUAUUUAUAUUCUCAUUUGCUCAUCGUUCUUGAUGUUUAGUUCUACCGCAGCAGAGCACUUAAUUAUUCUUGAUUCUCUCCUAUCAUUUUAUAAUUAAAAAGAAAAAGAAAUUGCAUUUAUAACAAAGAAUGGUCUUUAAUAUGUUAACUGUAUUCCAAAUAAUGAUUUGAAUGCUGAUUAAAUAACUUAUAGUACCUACUAA